AUGGCUGAACCGGGUUCGACGCCGACGCUGCCAGUGCGACCAACACAUCGUCUUCGCGAGAACGACGAGAGGCACCUGGUAGCGCGUUCCCUUCCCUCGUUCUACCCUCCCACCCCUCGCGCUGCAUCCCCGCUUCCCCUCGCGCUGCAUCCCUGCUUCUCGUCGCUGCUUCCCCGCUUCCCCACGCUCUGCUUCCCUGCUUCCCGUCGCGCUGCAUUCCCGCUUCCCCUCGCGCUGCAUCCCUGCUUCUCGUCGCUGCUUCCCCGCUUCCCCUCGCUCUGCUUCCCUGCUUCCCGUCGCGCUGCAUUCCCGCUUCCCCUCGCGCUGCUUCCCUGCUUCUCGACGCUGCUUCCCUGCUUCUCCUCGCGCUGCUUCCCUGCUUCCCCUCGCGCUGCUUCCCUGCUUCCCCUCGCGCUGCAUUCCCGCUUCCCCUCGCGCUGUUUCCCUGCUUCCCCCCCGCGCUGCAUCCCCGCUUCCCCCGCGCUGCAUCCACGCUUUCCCCUCGCGCUCCGUCCCCGCUUCCCCUCGAGCUGCAUCCCUGCUUCCCCUCGCGCUGGUUUUCCACAUUCCAUACUGGCGGCUUUCCCCUUUCCCUACGCGCUGCCUUCCCCCGUCCUAUACGCACCUUUCCCUUUUCCAUACCCGCUGGUUCCCUCUUUCGUCUCUCUGUUCCACUACGCUCAUCCCUGCCAUUACAUAACCACCAACAUCGAGGAAAGCGGGUGUUGUAGACAGAAACGUAGCGCCUUUGUCUUUCUUUUCCCCCUGCUUACCGAUUUUUUCCCCUCUGUUCACUCUCCCUUUUCCCCCUGCUUACCGAUUGUUUCCCCCCUGCUCGCUCUUUCUUUUCCCCCUGCUUACCACUUGUUUCCCUCCCAGCCCUCUCUUCCCUCUCUGCUCUCUUCCCUCCCUGCUCUCUCUUCCCUCUCUGUUCUCUCUUCCCUCCCUGCCCUCUCUUCCCUCUCUGCUCUCUCUUCCCUCCCUGCUCUCUCUUCUCUCCCUGCUCUCUCUUCCCUCCCUGCUCUCUCUUCCCUCCCUGCUCUCUCUUCCCUCUCUGCUCUCUCUUCCCUCCCUGCCCUCUCUUCCCUCUCUGCUCUCUCUUCCCUCCCUGCUCUCUCUUCUCUCCCUGCUCUCUCUUCCCUCCCUGCUCUCUCUUCUCUCCCUGCUCCCUCUUCCCUCCUUGCUCUCUCUUCCCUCCCUGCUCUCUCUUCCCUCCCUGCUCUCUCUUCCCUCCCUGUUCUCUCGUCGGUGGUGCAGCUCGUCAGGCAUGAAGCAACCAAGCAGACUAGUUAA